UCUCUAUUCACAUUUCACACUGACACCGAGCGCCUGACAAACAGUGAGAGGGCAGGCGCAGUCGCACGACGAGCGAAGCGGAGCGGAUCAGCAGCUGGCUGGGGCUUUAAAAAGGAGAGAGAGAGCGAGAGAGGGAGGGAGAGAGAUACGGAGCGACCAUCAAAACAGUGUUGUGCAGUUCCAGAAGCGGAGUCUGCGUUCGGGAUUUACUUUUAAAAGACGAUCUCCGCUGGUCUCCCGUUUUCUUUUCGUAGACGAGAAACUGGAAGGCGAGCACGGCACGCUCAUGGAUCCGUUGCAACGCGCUGCUUGGCUUCUGUGAGGGAAGUACGACUUGGCUAAAGAAGCAGCUGCGGGGGGAAGGAAGCUCCCUUUUUAUUAAAGUGAAAGCUAAGGAGAAGGGAACAGGGACGCCAAACUUUCUGCUUUUUUAAUUUGGGUAACGGGGUGCGGGUAAAAUCAAGGAGGCUCAGAAGACUGAGCGGCGCAACCCGAAUCCAGUGAGAUGGCCGGGAUUGUACGGAAGUAAGCGAGACGCAGCCAGGCGCUCCCUCCCUACAAUUUAAGGAGGCAUGUUGUGGCCGCUUCAUUGAACUCUCAAGGAGGGGUGGAAAUCGUGCACGGAAGUUUAUUUUUUAGGGGGUUCGCCACUUGCUUUGGACCCAGCACUAGGCAACACCCCCAUUAUUGGAUUCUACAGCCUGACGCCCCCGUUGUUUGGAUGUAAACAGCACAAAUCGGUGGUUUUGCUCACUAGGGGACCUCUUGUCGUUUUGGAUAACUUUAUUGACAAGUCCUGUGCGACACUAAACUUUUGCCGUGGCGUUACUGAUUUUCUUUUUGUCGCAGCCACCAAUUCCCGCAUUAGUACGGGAACCUUUAUAUAAAAAAAAGAAGAAAAACUCAGCUGGCACCAUAAAAUCCCUAGAAAGGAAAUGCCAAUCGCCUCCACUUCUCAGCCCACACAAGAGCCCUGCUUUUAUUCGCGGUUGCGACCCGUUUCCGACGCCGUUCCCAAGACGAGCCAUGCUUGUGACGAGAGGGGGGUGUCUGGUCCAGAGCAGGCUCAGCUCGGGGGUGGCGGAGGGGGGUCAGGGGCCACCGGCGGCGGUGGCAGUGGUGCGAGCAGACUGCUGACGGCGUCCACUUCCUCCCUUCCUUCCCAUUCCCCUCCUACCACCUCCUCCUCUUACCACCAUUCGCAUCCCCCGCUCCCGGAACCCCCAAGAACUCGGUCCCGAUCUCGCUCCGGAUUUCUCCAACACGGUAUGAACAGCAAUACAAGCAACACUACUUCCUUCCAACAACAGCAUGGCGGAGGCGGCCACUUUCCGCAGCACAGUCCCGGGUGCGACUCGACAGGUGCCACCAACCGCGCUGAGGGUCGUUCAAUCGGAGGCGAUCACCGCACCACAGCAGGUGGCCUUGAAGUUACUUUUCACCAUCAGUCUGCACAUCGUGAACAGGCUAGCAAUGAUGACAGUGAUAAGAGUGAAGACAGUCCAAGCCCAAAGCGCCAACGGCUUUCCCAUACACUCUUUGAGUACACUACUGCUUCACCCAAUCCUUCUCCACCAAUCAGACCAUGGGAAAUGGCAGCAAGUAGGCAGCCACCUUCAGUACAGCUCGCGCAACAGCAUCUCUCAGGGGAACCAUGCAGCAUGCCAGGCCGUAACAGACGAAGUCCUCCAGCUCGGCGCCAACGUGGUCGAAGAGAUCGUGUGAUUAGACACAACUCUAGUAGUCAGGAUGAAAACUACCAUCAUCUUUCUUAUGGACAGCAGCCAAACAUAGAAGAGCCUCGCGCCUUUCACCCUCCUAAUGUAUCCCAGCGUCUGCUACACACUACUGCACACCCUUCUCAACAAAAUACAGUUAUGGUUGACAUUCAUGAACAGAUUCACCAAGGUACAGUUCCAGUUUCAUACACUGUCACCACUGUUGCACCUCAUGGUAUACCACUUUGCACAGGUCCGCAUAUCCCAGCUUGCAACACCCAGCAAGUUCCAGGAUGUUCGGUGGUUUUCAGUGGGCAGCACUAUCCUGUAUGCAGUGUGCCUCCCCCAAUGCUCCAGGCAUGUUCUGUCCAGCACUUGCCAGUCCCUUACGCUUUCCCACCCAUUAUCUCUGGUGACCCAUUUCUAAUACACCCACCUCACUUACCACAUCAUCCACCACACUUGCCUCCUGCCGGCCAAUUUGUCCCCUUCCAAACACAGCAGUCUCGCUCACCACUACAGAGGAUAGAAAAUGAAGUGGAACUGCUGGGAGAUCACCUCUCUGUGGGUGCAGGUUUCACAUAUCCUCCUUCUGCACAUCAUGCAACACUGCCACCUUCAGCACCACUCCAGUUCCUAUCCCACGAUCCUCUCCACCAAGAGCUCUUUGGAGUACCUUAUCCUCACUUGCUGCCUAGAAGAAUUCCAAGUCGCAGAUAUCGUUCACAACAACCACUGCCACCAGCGCCUUAUCAUCCCAGCUUUUUGCCAUACUUUCUCUCAAUGCUUCCAGUGCAACCCACUGUGGGACCAGCUUUCAGUUUAGAACUUGCAGACGUAGAUGAUGGAGAGGUUGAAAACUAUGAGGCACUUCUAAACUUGGCUGAGCGACUUGGAGAAGCAAAACCCAGGGGUUUGAUGAAAGCAGACAUUGAACAACUUCCAUCAUACAGAUUCAAUCCAAACAAUCACCAGUCUGAACAGACAUUAUGUGUUGUUUGCAUGUGCGAUUUUGAAUCCCGGCAACUACUUAGAGUCUUACCUUGUAACCACGAAUUCCAUGCCAAGUGUGUUGACAAAUGGCUCAAAGCAAACCGAACAUGUCCAAUCUGCAGAGCUGAUGCUUCCGAAGUACAUCGUGAUUCAGAAUGACCAAUGUUGUAGCACACAUGUUCUAGAUAGAAGAUAUAACUAUCUCUACACAAAAUGUGUAACAGAACUUUUUGAUUUUACCUUGCAAUGCCCUGUAUAUUUGUUUGGUUUUAUUAGUGGCUUCCAGCCUUCUCUUUUACAAAAAAAAGGUUGGUGGACCUUCCUUUGCACUGUGUGAUUUGAAUCAGUUAUUAAGCUUAUAUAUUAUAGUCUUCACAAUUAUGGAAUUGUUCUACUAACUGUGUGAUUGGAACUCCAAAGAUUUUUGUUCGUUUGUUCUUUUUAAAAAAAUUAUUUUGGCUUAACUUGUACGUGUGCACUAACAUUCCCUGGUUUUCGUGUGAGCAUUCCAAGUUUUGAGUAUUGCUUUAAAGGUUACUACAUAUGUAAUCUUUAAGCAAGUGCUUUUACAUUUGAAAACGUUUCAAAAAGGAAAAAUAUAAGAAAGAGGUAGCCCCCCAUCAUAAUAGCAAUCUACCUUACAUAAAACCUUUGAAUACUGUGAGCUAGAGUGGUCACUGUGUGUGUAUGUUUGUCUAAGUGUGUAAAGAGUGAGUGUGCAAUUGUAACCACAUGUACUUGUGUAUAUGUGUGUAAACGGGUUUGUGCUUGCAGGAAUGAGUGCAAUUGGUACGUUUUAUAUACCAGCAUGUCCUAAGGCCGUUGUGGUUGUAUUGUAUGCAUAUGUGCGAUAUUAUGCUGCAGUGUGAGAUUUUGUGUGUUAUUUAUACAGUACUUGUACUGUACCGUUUUCAUUUUUUUUCCCUUUAUUUUCUACUGAAUACAUACGGUGCACCAGUAUCAAAGCCCAUUUAGUGGCAGAGGGAUUAUCUGUAUUGCUAAUCAUUAUUGUUGAAAUGUGAUUUUAUUGUUUUGAAAAGUGGACUUUCCUCCCUCAUAAAUAAAACUGCCAUUUUUAAAAAAUAGAUUCCUCGAUUUAUAUGUUCACAUGUCCUAAUAUACUUUAACAGAAAUGGCUAUUGGCAUUCUUUUCACACAAAAAUAACAAAAGGUAGUGUUGUGCCUAAACCAUUAAACUUUUUUUUUUUUUUCAAUUUUUUUUUUUUUUUUUUUAAGCAUGCCAUAAAAUAAUAUCUGCGUAUCCUUUUUGGAUUACACUUAUUUAAAAUUGUUUACACUACUGUCCUCUGCUUGAAACAAAGCUAUAUAUAGCAAAUAUAAGCAGAAAUAAGGAAGCUUGAGUGUAAUUCAUAUUAGGAAAGUGUAGACCAAGCAGUGUUCUCAGUUAAGAAACACUUAUGGCUUAUAUUCUGAAUAUAAGCAUAAUAAGGAUUUAGUUGAAUUUUAUGUUUAUAUCUGAAUUUACCACAAAACUUUUGUUUUAUUUACACGAACUGACUUUCUGCUGCAGAAAUAAAUUGUACUGAAGAUUUGAUUACCCCCCUCCCCUGCUAUAUAGUAGACAAUUAUAUACAUAUAACACACACCACUGUGCAAGUAUUGCUGCUUGUAUACAAUAUAUACCAUGCAAUUACUAAACAUGCUUGUGUUAAUAAUGCAUGAUGUUCAUUAUUGCUGCUUAUCCCAUUUAUCUUUUGUUCUUUUAUAAGUUAGAUAUCAGAUUUAUUUUUCACAGUAAUUAACUGCCAUAUUGCCAGAGUCACCAAUAUCUUCACCUCCAUGUACUGAAAGAUAACCCAGUGAGCUCAUAUUGUGAUUUGAUAAUCUGACAUCUAGAGUAUUAAUUCAGUAUCUUGUCCCAAUAUGUAAAACAAUAUUAGAAAGCUUGGAUUUGCAUUUAUGCAGGUAUCAGCCAAUGCCUUUUUAUUAUGUGGACAUUGGUAAAUGUGCAAUUUGUUGGCUGAGUAAUGCACUAUUCGAGUAAUUCAGAUGUCUUACUUCCGGAUUUAUAAACAGCUGGAGAUGCAAUGCUUUUUCAUCUUGAGACAUGUGUUGGUCACUUUCAUAUAUGUAUUCAGGAUAAAUAACUAUUAUUUUUUACAGUUUACCAUUAAUAACAGGGAAGAAUUAGCAAGAUUUAUUUUCACAUGGAAAACAUGCAUUCAAUUUGUAAAGCUAUAUUAGUGCUUGUGUUAAUAAGUUACAUACUCCCAUAUAUGCAUGCAUUUUGCUUUUUAGUAGUUCACUAGAGGUGGUGGUGAUAUGGCAAAGUAUGAUUGUAAUGAACAGCCAAGCAAGUAAUUUUAUAACACACAUGGCUUGGCUGUGAAUAUUAUGUUGCAGACAUACAUUGGUAAAAAGAGGUAUGUUGUGUUGUCGAUGUAUAGUGUGUGUCCAAGUUAGUUGGAAAUGUAUGUUCUUAUGCUGUUCAUAGUGUGCUUUAAAUCACUGAAAAAAAUACUAAUCAUCAGAUUAACAAGUCUCAGAUGGAGAAUCUGCACUUUAAAAGCCAUAAUUAUUGAGCUAUGAAUGGAAUUUGGGUCUUGUUUGUGUUUUGCUUUGUUAGGGGGGAAAAUAUUAGGUAUGUAAGAACAAUGCAUAACAAGACUCUGGCAUUUAUGUUCCGGUGGGCUGAUGCAUCUUGGCAGUGUUAAAUGUUAUCUUGUUUUUAGCCUAAAACAAAACUCACAAUUUUAUUAAGACUUUACAAAUGGAGCUUCCUGAUACAGAAUUUAAAGCAUUUCCAUGCUUUAAGUAUACAACUGACUUAAAUUCUUUGCCUUUUGAGGUAACGGGAGAAGAGAUGGUGAUUAUUGCACUUGUCAUUUUAACCACUUUGGAAUUCCUAUCUCUGUAGACAACCAGGCUUGCAGUCUUUACUGUGUUACAUUAGUGUUUACCAUUUUAAAGCAUACUGUUAAAAUUUGACAAAACUCUGAAAUAGACUCAAAUGGUUGAGAUAAUUUGGAUGCAAAAUGUCUUCUGAGUUAAGAAAACAGACUGUAGUAGCUUGUGCAGUGCAUAAAGCAGUAGAAUUGGAAAGAGUUUUGCAUUAGCUGAUUGAGCAGAUCAGCUGAUUUAUUAGUUUGUGCAUCUCCCGUGACCUCUUUCAAUUUCUGUUUCUUCCCACUUGUAUUCAAAAUUGCUAACUUGGCCUAAAGGCACCCCACAUUUUCCUUAGAAAGUUAAUUUAAGAACUUUACUCCCACUUUUUUAUUACUAUUAACAUACCACUUUGAAAUUGUUAUGUUUAAAAUUAUAUCUGAUGUUUGUACUGUUAGUCAUAUUUAAAAAGUAAUAUAUAUAUAAGAAAAUACAUAUAUAUUUUCUUUUAACCAUGACUCUGGCAUCUUUAGUCUGUUUUGGGUGGGUUAUCUUAAAGCCUAUGUAAAAGUUAGCGAUUUUAUUCUUCUGGGUAAAUUUGCAGUUACCUCAUUAUUUUUAUUAUGUGAUUGAAAAUUUGUCAAAAAAGUUUGAAAGAACCUGUUGUAUCUGUUUUGUCAACAUCUGCAUUCAUUUCUUAUACACUAUUGUAUCAUUAACAUGAUGUAGUUUCAAACGUAUUAUAUCUGUAACCAAAUCAUUUGAAGGCUUGGUAAAUUUUUAGCAAAAUUUGUACAUUUUUUAUGAGAGUUAUUAGUAAUGCUUUACUAAGUAGUUCAACGAAUUUUUAUUUUUAAUCCCUGUGCCCAAAUUUUGAAUUUGAGAGGGUUAUUCAUUAAUAAAUGUAAAACGUUUA